AUUUUUUAUUGUUCAAACAACAUUCAUAUCCAGUAUCAUGGUUAUAUUUAUUUAUAUUAUAUUAUGAAAGGUAUAUUACUCUACUGUAUUGUAGUAGAACACGUAUCUUAGUCAAAUAGUAUUCAGAAAAUUCAGCAUCAUCAUCAUAAGAUGAGUUUGAAGUACAUGCUGGUUGUUACAUGUCUUUGGAUUUGGUCUCUAUCUUUGGCUUAUACAAUUUCUAAUGAUAACUUGAUGAGAAUUAGUCUAAAGAAGAGGAAUUUAGAUAUUCAAAGUCUUAACACUUCAAGAAUUAAAAAGGUAAUUCAUGAAAGAGAUUUAGAGAGUGUUGAUACAAAUUAUGGCUCAAAAGAUGUUGUAUAUCUUAAGAAUUACUUUGAUGUACAAUAUUAUGGGGAAAUUGGUAUUGGUUCACCACCACAGUAUUUCAAUGUUGUGUUUGACACUGGUAGCUCUAAUCUUUGGGUUCCAUCUUCCAGAUGCAUCUUCUCGAUUGCUUGCUAUUUUCAUUCGAAGUAUAGGUCGGGGAUAUCUAGCACCUAUAACGAAAUUGGAGUACCUUGCGAAAUCCCGUAUGACGAAGGAUACAUUUAUGGAUUCUUCAGCCAAGACAAUGUAAAAGUUGGGGAUAUAAAUGUCAAAGAUCAAGAAUUUUGUGAGAUUACAAGGGAAGGAAAUUUUGCACUUUUAGCUCUUCCAUUUGAUGGUAUACUUGGACUUGGAUUUCAGGAUGUUUCAGUUGGGAAAGUCACACCAGUGUGGUAUAAUAUGAUAGAACAAGGGCAUAUUUCGGACAAAGUUUUCUCCCUAUGGUUUAACAAGGAUCCAAUGGCAGAAGUAGGGGGUGAGAUUGUCUUUGGUGGUGUGGACAAGAGGCAUUUUAGAGGUGACCACACUUACUUUCCGAUUUCUCAAAAGGGUUAUUGGCAGAUUGAAGUGGGAGAUAUUCUACUUGCAAAUAAUACAACAGGUUUAUGUGAGGGUGGCUGUGCUGCAAUAGUGGACUCAGGGACUUCUUUAAUUGCUGGUCCAACUGGUGUUGUGACUCAAAUUAACCAUGUCAUUGGAACAGAAGGAUAUGUUAGUUAUGAAUGCAAAAACAUUGUCCACAACUACGGAAAUUUGAUAUGGGAAUCAUUGAUUUCAGGGUUAAAUCCUGAAAUCUUAUGUGCUGACAUUAGACUUUGUUCAGAUAAUGGAUUUCAAAGAAUGAACGAUGUUAUUGAAACAGUGGUGCAUAAUGAAAGUCGGGAUGGAUCACCAUUAAAAGAGAGUCUCUUUUGUAGUUUUUGCAAUAUGGUUGUCCUUUGGAUGCAAGUUCAGAUUAAGCAAAGCAAUGUAAAGGAAAAAGUAUUAAAAUAUGUCGAUGAGCUGUGCGAGAAGCUUCCAAAUCCGGUUGGACAAUCAUUUAUAAACUGCAGUAGUGUCUCGGAUAUGCCACACAUUACAUUCACAUUUGGAAACAAGUUGUUUCCUCUCUCUCCAGAACAGUAUGUUCUUAGAGUUGAAUCAGACGAUGAAGAUUGUUCUCCUGUGUGCUAUAGCGGUUUUGUUGCUCUUGAUGUGCCUUCCCCGCAGGGUCCCCUCUGGGUUGUUGGAGAUAUUUUCUUGCAGGCAUAUCAUACGGUGUUUGACUACGCCAAUCUCCGCAUAGGAUUUGCAGAAUCUACAUAGUCAUUGGAUACAUGAUUCACAUCGGUAAAUAAUAGUUUGGUCGUGUGUAGAUGAUGUUACUGGUUUUAAGGGAGUAUGUAAGGCUGUUAUAGGUAACAGUUAGUAUGAGUAUUUCUUGUAUAUAGUCUGUUUAAAAAUUCAAUUUUCCUGAUUAAUAAACAUAGAUGGAAAUAAUGCAGAAAAUAAAAAUA